GCCGCGGCCCGCAGCGCGGAGACGCGGGGCCGCCACCUCCCCUCAGGCGCUGGGCGCGGCGGCCGCGAGAGCCGCAGGUGGUUCCCCGGGCCGGCCCUUUUCUCCUCCCCCUUUCCUUUCUUUCGCCUCCCCUCCCUCUCGCCCGGUGUCGGCGGCACUUCCCCCGCUUCCUCCUCCCUCUCCAAUCGGGAGGGAGGGAAGGAGCCGCCGGCUCUUUCCUGCCUCCCUGCAAACUUGAGCGGGACUCCCGUCUCCAUUCGCCACCGCGGCCACCGCGCCCCGCGCCCGGGAGCUGCUUCUCGAACUUCCUCUCUGCGCGCGGCCAGGCACUCCGGCGGUGGGAGGACUCCUCUGGGCGCCAGGCAGCCGCGGCUCCGACCCUCGGAGCCCUUCCCCGCGGCUGCCCGGUCUCUUUUGCCUCGGCGCCCUACCACCCGCCCGCCCGCGCGUCCGUCGGUCCGUCCUUCCUGCCCGCCUCGCCUCCGCCCCGCGGCAGGAGCCACCAGGCUGCCCCGCGGCGCCCCGCCGCUGCCCGGACUUUCCUUUGUGUUGGAUGCGCACUCGCGCCCCGCGCCGACGAGGGGCGGACUGAGGGCUGCGCUCGCCCCGGGCGGCCCGCCGCGCCGUCAGCCCGCGUCCCCGCUCCACCGCCCCCCGCCAUGCCCUUCCACCAGAGGGCCGUGGAGCCCGCGCGGCUGCGCCGGCCCGAAGCGGCCGGGGCCGCGGGCGCGCCGCUCUUCCGCUCACUGGAGCAGGUCAGCUCGCACGCCCUGGUCUGCCUGCUGGCGCAGCUCGCCGACCUGUCGCGCUGCGCGGGGGACAUCUUCGGCGAGCUCGAGGGCCAGGCGGCGGCGCUGGGCCGCCGCACCGCCGCGCUGCACCGCCGCCUCGACGCCCUGCACGCCGCCGUCGCGCGCCUCGACCACCGCCGAGUGAAAAUCCCGGUUUCCAACCUUGAUGAGGAGAGUCGAUGGACAGUCCACUACACUGCUCCAUGGCACCAGCAGGAGAAUGUGUUCCUUCCCACCACAAGACCACCGUGUGUAGAGGACCUGCACCGCCAAGCCAAGCUCAACCUCAAAUCAGUAUUGAGGGAAUGUGACAAACUGAGGCGGGAUGGCUACCGAAGUUCUCAGUACUACUCCCAGGGACCCACCUUUGCAGCCAAUGCCAGCCCACUCUGUGAUGAUUAUCAGGAUGAAGAUGAAGAAACAGAUCAAAAGUGUUCUAUUUCUUCAUCAGAAGAAGAAAGACUUAUUUCCAUCAGGAGACCUAAAACGCCAACCUCAAGUGACUUCUCUGACCUUAAUACUCAAACAAAUUGGACCAAGUCACUUCCCUUGCCAACACCAGAAGAGAAGAUGCGACAGCAAGCCCAGACGGUCCAGGCUGAUGUGGUUCCCAUUAACAUAACUGGGGAGAAUUUCGAUCGCCAGGCCAGCCUUCGGCGGUCUCUAAUUUACACAGACACUCUGGUAAGACGACCGAAGAAAGUCAAAAGGAGAAAGACUAUUACAGGAAUCCCUGACAACAUACAGAAGGAGCUAGCAUCAGGCACGGGCCAAGAUGAUGUUGGGGGUCACUCAGUAUACACCCCAGACCACUACUCUACACUAGGAAGGCUUGAUAGCUCUCGGUCUGCUGGGCAGCGCUCAGAAACCAGGGACUCCAGCUGUCAGACUGAGGAAGUGAAAGUUGUACCACCUUCCAUGAGAAGAAUCAGGGCACAGAAGGGCCAAGGCAUUGCUGCCCAGAUGAGCCACUUCUCAGGCUCCUCUGGGAACAUGUCUGUGUUGAGCGAUUCUGCGGGCAUUGUAUUCCCUUCCCGGCUCAACAGUGAUGCUGGUUUCCACAGUCUCCCACGUUCUGGGGCAAGGGCGAGUGUUCAGUCCCUGGAGCCACGGCUGGGAGCCCUGGGCCCCACAGAAGACCUGGAUGGCCCUUACGCCUACCACAGCGAUCACCCACAAGUAGAUGAAAACUUAGGACAUUUAGGAGGAGCCUCAAGGACUGGAAUGCUUUUGAGGCCCAAGUCCCAGGAGCUGAGGCCUUUUGAGAAUGUAAUCAGCCCAGCAUGUGUGGUCUCUCCUCACGCCACCUACUCCACCAGCAUCAUCCCAAAUGCCACACUCUCUUCCUCCUCGGAGAUUAUUAUUAUUCACACUGCUCAGAGUUCAGGACAGCUGGACAGCAAAAUUACCAGCUCCUCUUCGUACACAAAGAUAAAAUCCAGAGACCACCUCCUCUCCAGGCAUGCUAGUAAAGAGGACCAUCAGCCUCCCAGUGGGAACUGGACAGAGGGUCACCCCAGCAUUCUUUCACAGGCCUUAGGUCCCCAUUCCCCCGCUGCAACCACGCUGUUGUCGCUCUGUGACUCAGCGGUCUCUCUUAAUAUGCCAGCACAUCAGGAGAAUGGAUCCCAAGCCAUGAGCUAUAACUGUAAAAACCACCUGAGCUCUCCAGCCCACGCCCAGGACAUGGAUGGCAAGAGUGAGUCCAGUUACUCUGGAGGUACGGGGCCCGGCAGCUCCGAGCCCUGGGAAUACAGUGCCUCUGGUAACGGGCAGGCAUCCCCAUUGAAGGCACAUGGGGCAACUGGCUACUCCACUCCUGGGAGUAACGUGAGCAGCUGCAGUUUGGACCAGACAUCCACCAAAGAUGAUGCCAGGUCCUUGUAUUCAGAGGAGCAUGAUAGCUACUACACGUCUAUGCAGCCUGACCCGGGAUGCAGAUCUGGAAACCAGAACAGUAGCGAUGGCUUUGGGAACCCCAGGCACAGUGUGGUCAACGUGUUUGAUGGGAGAGCUCAGAAAAACCAAGGGGACCGGUCACAUUUCCGUGACAAGUCUCUCUCGCGGAAUAUCUCUCUGAAAAAAGCGAAGAAGCCGCCUCUGCCACCCUCGAGGACGGACUCCCUGCGCAGGAUUCCCAAGAAAGGCAUCCAGUCAAACGGGCAGGCGCUGAACGAGAGCCUGAUCGCCUCGCUCCAGCACUCGCUGCAGCUGAACCUCCCGGGCAAGGGCGGCAGCUCACCCUCGCAGAGCCCCUGCAGUGACUUCGAAGAGCCUUGGCUGCCUCGCUCUCGCAGCCAGAGCACGGUGAGCGGGGGCAGCAGCAUGACCUCGGCCACCACCCCCAACGUCUACUCCCUGUGCGGGGCCACGCCAUCGCAGAGCGACACGAGCAGCGUCAAGUCGGAGUACACGGACCCCUGGGGUUACUACAUUGACUACACCGGCAUGCAGGAAGACCCCGGGCACGCCAGCGGGGGCUGCUCGGCCAGCAGCGGGGCGUUGGCCGGGAACGGGCCAGUCCACCAUAUCCACGAGGGAGCCAGGACCAUGAUGCCCCAAGUGCCUGGUGGCUCCAUCAAACCAAAGAUCACAUCGCCGGAGAAAUCCCACAGGGUCACUUCUCCGUCCAGUGGGUAUUCCAGCCAGUCCAACACACCCACAGCACUCACCCCCGUGCCUGUGUUUUUAAAGUCAGCGUCACCAGCGAACGGGAAGGGGAAGACCAAGCCCAAGGUGCCAGAAAGGAAGUCCUCUCUGAUAUCUUCAGUCUCCAUCUCCUCCUCGUCCACGUCUCUGUCUUCCAACACUUCCACGGAAGGAGGCGGGACCAUGAAGAAGCUGGAUUCGGUGCUGGCGUCUCCCCCUGCCGCUGCCCCUCUUCCUUCUCCUCCCUCACCAUGUCCUGCGGACAAGUCUCCUUUCCUUCCUCCUCCCCCGCCUUUAGCGGAUUCCCCCAACGGCGCUCUGCCUCAGUCUCCCCUCUUCCCCCCUCCGCCGCCUGAAGCUCUCACUCCCUUCUCUCCCCCCUCCAGCGCGUGCUUUCCUCCUCCCCACAGGGCACUUAGCCCCCUUACUCUGGGUGCCCCUGCUUCCCUGCCGCCUGCCCCCGCUUCCGGACCCUCCUCAGUUCCCCCGCCUGCCCCACCCCUUGACCCCAAAUGGAUGAAAGAUGCCAGGCCUUCUUUGAAAAAAUCUGCCCAGCCAGAAUGCUCCCGGGAGGCCUUCCGGCAGCCUCCUAACAAGGAGGAGGGCAGCAGACCCCCCAUGCCCCUGAUAACCACCGAAGCGUUGCAGAUGGUACAGUUGAGGCCCGUGAAAAAGCACUCAGGAACCGAGCAAGCACUGUUAUAUGAACAAGUAUCUCAGGAAAAACUAACUCCGGUUGUUCCCCAGUAUCAUUUAAAGCCAUCUGCUUUCAUGAAAUCCCGAAAUAGCAUAAAUGAAAUGGAGAGUGAAAGCCAGCCUGCCUCUGUGACAAGCUCGCCGCCGACUCCUGCCAAGAGCUUGAGUCAGGGUCACCAGGACAGUGCAGCCGAGCGUGGCCUCCCGAGCCGCAGCCCGGGCAGCGCCGGGGAGUCAGAGGCUGGGCCGGACCCCAGGGCCACCCCGCUGCAGGAGCCCCCCGGCCCUUCACCCAGCAGGAAGCCGCCCCCCAUUUCCAAGAAGCCCAAACUGUUCCUCGUGGUGCCGCCUCCGCAGAGAGAUUUCACAGCGGAGCCCGCGGAGAACGUGAGCGGAGCAUCACCCAUUCCCACGAGGGGAGAGGCAACAGAGAGUUGUAGAGCCAGGGCUGGUGCUGAGGAGACGGGCUCUGGCAGCUUGGUUCUCGAGGGAGGAGCCGCAGGAGCCGCGUCCCCGGAUAGAGUGAAAGCCAAUGUCCCCAUGGUGCAGCCCGAUGUCUCGCCAGCCCCCACGCGGGAGGAGCCAGGUGCCGAGAACGGUGCAGACGGUGGAGGCAGCGUGGAGAGCUGCCUGUCGCUCCAGGACGGAGGGCCUGGGGUGCCAGAGCCUGACACAGCUGGUUCUUCCUCUGAAGCCAGUGACUUCCUUAGGGAAGAAGGGAGUGAUGAGGUGAUGACCCCCAGUAGACCCCGGACCACAGAAGACCUUUUUGCAGCUAUUCACAGAUCCAAGAGGAAAGUCCUCGGCCGUAAAGAUUCAGAUGACGAUCACUCCCGGAACCAUUCUCCUUCCCCUCCAGUGACACCCACCGGUGCUGCCCCCAGCCUGGCGUCCCCAAAACAAGUGGGCUCAAUUCAGAGAAGCGUCCGUAAAAGCAGCACCAGCAGUGACAACUUCAAAGCUCUGCUGCUAAAAAAGGGGAGUCGCUCAGACACCAGUGCCCGCAUGUCUGCCGCCGAGAUGCUAAAGAACACAGACCCUAGAUUCCAGAGGUCAAGGUCAGAGCCUUCGCCAGACACCCCCGAGAGCCCAUCCAGCUGCUCCCCAAGCAAGAACAGAAGGGCCCAGGAGGAGUGGGCCAAGAACGAAGGCUUGAUGCCUCGGAGUCUGUCCUUCUCCGGCCCCCGGUACGGCCGCAGUCGGACCCCACCUUCUGCCGCCAGCAGCAGGUUCAGCGUGCGGAACCGGAUCCAGAGCAGCCCCAUGACCGUUAUCUCGGAAGGCGAAGGGGAGGCCCUGGAGCCAGUAGACAACAGGGCUCAUUGGGCCCUGGACACGGCAAGGGGGUGUUCCCUGGAUGGACUGGUAGGGGGUGAAACAGACCGGGGAAGCCUGCUCUAUGGUGGGGAGCCCGCCGCCUCCUUGCAGGUGCAGGGUCCCAGCCCCACAGAUGGGCCGGUCCGCACCGAGGGCGCAGAUCCAGCAGAACAGAGUGGAGGUCCUCUGCGGGAAGAGAGCUAGGGACGAGAGUCUGAUUCUCCCAGGUAAUGUGAGGGAGGCGUGCAACAUGCGGCUCUAGGAAAGCCCGGCACACAGGUACCCUUCCCUGCCUGGCCUGCAGAUCCCACUCAGCAUUCGCUCCGUUCCUGCCCUGGGCCCCAGCGUGGAAGAAGAGCAUCCCAUAGGACUCACUUGGCACUUGCCCUGUGGCUUAAAAGCAAGUAGAAGCUUAACUUCUUAAAGUGCUUCCUGGGGAAGACUUUUUUUUUUUUUUUUUUUUUUCAAAAUGCUGGGUGUAUGUGUGGAGGGGUGUGUGUGCAUUUUGAACACUUUACAUGUUUAAAAAAAUACACACAUACAGCGUAUACAGAAGUAGGAGAAGGAAACACAGUUAAGCUGGGUAGAGGGAUGGAGGCUUCUGGACUAGGUAAGAAUCACUUUAAAAGUAUCACGUUGUCAGAAAUUAGUGAGUUCCCGAAGACGGGAGUGAGAGAAGCGUUCCUUCUAAGAAAGAGGGGGCCUGUGCGUGGUGCCCCUGCAGAGGACACACGGCAGUGCAGGCCCCAGUGAGCUUUCCAUGUGAGCCAUGUCAUCAUGAACCCAAAACGAUGGGAAAGGGCUAACGGACUAAUGGGUUCAGGUACUUUUUUCUUGGGGGGUGGGGUGGGGGACUUUGUUUCCUUUUCGUGAAAUUGGCAAACACGUGAAGGGGCCACGCUCUAAUCUGGAGCGAGCUGCUGGUGCAGACACAGACUCCCAGCUCUCAGCCUGACUUUGAGACACGUGGGUCCUUCUGUACUGAAUUCCUGCCCUGAGGAGCAGCAGAGGCCUCCUUGAGACUAGCAGUGAGGUGGGCAUAUGCGGUUACACUGAGCGAGGAGGGGGCACGUGAGACACUGCUGGAAGCGGUUUCCUGCUUAGUCAAUAAAACUAUUUUUCAGAAUUAAAUUUGAAAACUUGCACUACGGAACUGUGGGUGGAGAUUUUCCUUUUACGACUAUUUGUACCAGAGUUUAAACUUCCAUUUGGCAAUUUCUUACCACUUGAAAUGUCAGCAUUUGCUAACUUUUGGAUAUCCUUUUGGUUACACCAAAGAAAAAGGUAUGGCUAUUUUUCCUUGAACUGCCUACAGUAUCAUGUCCUCAUUUGAAAAGGUUUAUGAGAAUCGAUUAUAUAUUACCUUACUCUGAAGAAAAUGCUGAAUAGCUCUUGUUAGUCAAAUAAACUAAUACAAAUUGGCAGGGCCAAUUAGCCCUGAGAAAUGAGUUUUUAGAUUAAAAGAUUUUUUGCAUCAUUUGGUUUGUGAGUUUUUAUAUAUUUUAUAAGGAAUUGAGUUGGCUAAUUACCUUCUAAUCUUCUCCAGUUAGAAUUCUAAUACUUUUAGGCAUGGGAGAAAAGUGUGUAAAGUAUUUAUUUUUAUGUCCUAUUCCUGUGACCUCCUUUCCCUAUUCCCUCCCAACUGAUGUGGACUUGGACUCCUGUAUUUGUUGGCUAAAUAAAAUAAGUCUUGUCUUCUUCAUUCGAAGAACCUAA